UACAAGGUUAAGUAUCGAUUACUGUAUCGAGGUUAUACAGACAUCUAGCUACUGGCCGAAUCGGAUAUCCGAGGUGAUGGGAGCCUGUAAUUGACAAAGAAGGCAGCUGGUAAAGUGAAAGUGGUUGGCCUUUGCCUCUCGUUACAUAUUUCGAAUUGAAACCGGAUCAAAGCAAACAUGUCCGUCGUGAGAGGUGUUACGGUUCUCUUCGCGCUUUCGGAUAUAUUUGUUUACUCGGUUCGGGUAAAACAGGGCAGAGAGGCUGUCGUCGGGAGAUGUCCUGUGGAGAGAAGCUGAGACUUGAGAGAAGCCAAGAGAAGCGAAGCGGGAGACGCGGAGCGGCGGAGCGGAGCCAAGCGGAGCCCGAAGCGGCGCUUCAGUCUUCACAAUGCUUCACAAAUGGCCGGUGACGCGAGGCAGGCGGUCGUGAAUGUCGUGAUAACGUCGUUCGGGCACCGUUCGAUCAUCCACACGGCGACGAGAUGAUACACGGCUGCGGACGCGAUCCCUCCUCGAUCGAGAACACGUGAAACUUGCAGUUCGGAUUUAAUCCCCCGCCAUGGUCGCAUGGCUCGCCGUCACUUGCCUCCUCGGCUGCGGCGUUUUUUUCUGCGAUGGCUCGCCUUUUCUCCUCUUCGCCACUCACAAGGACAUCAGAGUGGCCAACAUGUCUCGUAACAAUAAGGUCAACGUCAUCAUCAAGGACCUGUCGGAAGGCGCGUCGCUGGACUUCUUCUACGAGCGCGGGCUAAUCUGUUGGUCCGACAGCGGUCUGGAGAUGAUACAGUGCAUACGCUACAACGGCACGCACACCGGCGAGAGGCUGACAGUGGUGAAUUCCAGUCUGAUAUCGCCCGACGGUCUCGCGUGCGACUGGUUCACGGACAAGCUGUACUGGACGGACGGCGAGAAGAACCGGAUCGAGGUGACCAGCAUCGACGGCCGUAACAGGAAGGUGCUCUUCUGGACGGACAUCUAUCAACCGCGCGCUAUCGCUCUGGCGCCGAUGGAGGGGCUCCUCUUCUGGACCGACUGGGGCGACGUGCCUAAGAUCGAGCGCGCCUCGAUGGACGGUGAUCCGAGCACGCGCGAGAUCAUCGUCUCCGAUGACAUAUUCUGGCCGAACGGCCUGACGAUCGACUAUGAGAGGAAGCUCAUCUACUGGGCGGACGGUAGACUGUGGUUCAUCGCCGUGAUGGAUUAUGAGGGCCGGAAUAGGCGCAAAUUGAUCACCCGCGAUCUCGACUAUCCGUUUGCCAUAACGUUCUUUGACAAUCGGCUCUACUGGACCGACUGGAAGACGUGGUGCAUCCACUCGUACGACAUGAACCAGCCGCAAUCGCACCCACGCGAAUUGUUCCACGGCGAAUACAUACCUGGCGACAUUGAAGUCUGGGAUGAGAGGAGGCAACCGGGCGGCAAUAAUCCCUGCAAGCGAAACAACGGCAAUUGUUCUCAUCUGUGCCUUUUGAGCUCGGUGAAGAGCCAACCUGGUUACAGUUGCGCCUGUCCCACGGGCGUCAAACUGAUUGACAAGUACACAUGCGCCAGCAGACCGGAGCAGUUACUUCUGAUCGUCCAGCGCACCGAAAUCUGCCGGAUAUCCUUGGAUUCACCUGACUAUACCAAUUUCGUAUUGCCGCUCACCAAUAUUAAGCAUGCAAUCGCGAUUGACUUCGAUCCGAUGGAGGAGUUGCUGUACUGGACUGACGAACAAACAACCGCCAUCAGGCGAGCGCCUCUCGAUGGGUUGAGUCAGCAGAAUGUGAUUUCCACGGAGGUGGCGAAUCCGGAUGGUAUUGCGAUAGACUGGCUCGCCCGCAACCUCUAUUGGACCGACACCGGGACCGAUCGGAUCGAAGUGGCGCGACUGGAUGGGAAAUAUCGGCGGGUGCUGGUGAACGAAGACCUGUUCGAGCCGCGGGCGAUCGCGGUCGCGCCCGAGCACGGCUGGAUGUUCUGGACCGAUUGGAGCGAGAAGCGGCCGAAGAUCGAGCGCAGCAAUCUCGACGGUAGCGAGCGCAUAUUGCUCAUCACCAAGGACAUCGUUUGGCCGAACGGCAUCGCCCUUGAUCUCGAGCGCAACAAGAUCUACUGGUGCGACGCAAAGAUCGACAAGAUCGAAGUGGCCAACAUGGACGGUACCGAUCGGCGCGAGGUCAUCACCGACAAUCUGCCGCAUCUGUUCGGUCUCACUCUGCUGGGCGAUUAUCUGUACUGGACCGACUGGCAGCGUCGCAGCAUCGAUCGCGCGCACAAGCUUACCGGUGGCGAUCGCGAGGUCAUUGUCGACCAGGUGCCCAAUGUGAUGGGGAUCAAGGCCGUGCAUCUCGGCAAGAUGAACGUCAGCAAUUCGCCGUGCGCCCGCGACAACGGCGGAUGCAGCCAUCUCUGUUUCAACAAGCCCAACGGCAGAUACGUCUGCGCCUGUCAGAUGGGCUUCGAAUUGACCAAGGACAAGCGCACGUGCGUCGUGCCGGACGCCUUCCUGUUGUUCUCCAGGAGGGAGAAUCUCGGCCGAAUCAGUAUCGAGAAUGUCAACAAUGAUAAUAUCAUACCUGUCACCGGCAUCAAAGACGCCAGUGCUAUAGACUUUGACUUGUCCGAAAACCGUAUUUAUUGGACGGAUCUUAAGCUAAAAACCAUCACGCGUGUCUUCAUAAAUGGAUCGGAUAUCGAAAAGAUAGUCGAUCUCGGCCUAGAAUCGCCGGACGGCAUCGCAUUCGAUUGGAUCGCGCACAAUCUCUACUGGAGUGAUUCCGCCAUGCGUAGAAUAGAGAUGAUAAGAAUAAAAGAAGGCAGCAGGAAAAUACUCUUGUGGCAAAAUCUUAUCGAGCCUAAGAAUGUAGCUGUGGAUCCUCAGAAAGGCCAUUUGUACUGGGCCGAAUGGGGCAAUACCGGUAGUAUCGAAAGGGCCUUGUUGGACGGCACGCAGCGACAAGUGAUCGUUUCGCGUAUCGACCGGGCGAACGGUCUGACAAUCGACCAUGUGGGGCGGAAAUUGUACUGGACCGACAUCUCCGCGCCCGCGAUCAACUGUUACGAUCUACUGACGCAACGGAGGGAUGUCAUCGUUUCGCGUCACAUAGUCUAUCCGUUCAGCGUUACGCAGUAUCAGGACUACAUUUAUUGGGCGGAUUGGAACACAGGUGAUAUCGAGAGGGCGGACAAGCUCACGGGGGCGAAUCGUACCAAGAUCCACACUAAUCUGGCGUCGGUGACGGAUCUGAAGGUGUUUCACGCGUCGCGCCAGGCGGGCACGAACCCGUGCGCGAUCGCGAACGGCAAUUGCACCCACCUCUGCAUCGCGCUGCCGGGUCCGAACGGCGGCGCGUCCGUCACCCACAAGUGCGCGUGUCCCACGCAUUAUAAUCUGUCGGAGGACAAUCGGACGUGCAAGGCGCCGCAGCACUUCAUGAUCUACAGUCUGCGCACCGCGAUCGUACGUUAUCUGCCCGAUCAGACGAACGACUGCGCGGACGUGACGUUGCGCGUGCAGGGCUUGAAAAAUGUCCGCGCGAUCGAGUUUGAUCCGGUGACGCAGCACGUCUACUGGAUCGACGGUCGCGCGACGAUCCGCCGUUCUGCGGAAAACCAGACGCAGCAGCAUCAGCAGCAGCAGCAACAGCAACAGCAGCAGCAGCAGCAGCAACAGCAGCAGCAGCAGCAGCAUAGCAGCACUGUUGUAGUAUCCAUCGGAAACGGACAUCUGUUCGACCUUGCGCUGGACCCGCUCGGGAGGCUGCUCUUCUGGACAUGCUCGACGAACGACGCUCUCAAUGUCACGCGGCUGGACAAUGGCUCGGCUCUCGGCGUCGUGGUGAAGGGCGACGGCGAGAAGCCGCGUCACAUAGCGAUCUACUCGCAGCAACGACUGCUCUUCUGGACGGACAUAGGCAAGAAGCGGGUGGUACGCAGCAAGAUGGACGGCAAGGAGCGCCACGAGAUCGCCAGCGAUUUGCCGGAGCAGCCCACCGGCCUGACGGUAGACACGACGACGCACAUCGUUUACUGGGCAUACGGCAGGCACAUCGAGUGCUCCAACUUCGAGGGCGGCAAUCGCAACUUUCUGGUCACCACCACGCAGGGCGCGGCACUGCACUUAGCCAUUCUUUUCAGUUAUCUCUACUGGUACGACCGCGACGUGCAGAUGAUUGAACGGGUCAACAAGACGUUCGAUGGGAACACUAGGCGAGGCGCGCAUGUAACGACGAGUCGCACGUCUUUCACGGAUCUCAUCGCGGUUAACAUGCCUGAGGAGUCGCUCAUGCAGACACACGUGUGCAGUCCGUUCAACGACUACGGUGGCUGCUCGCACUUCUGCGUCGGCACCAACACCAUUACCGACGUGGCCGCCGCAACGUCGCCCCGUUGCUCGUGCCCGAAGUCACUGGUCCUGUCCGACGACGGUCGGACUUGUCGCGCGGCGCCCGUCUGCGGAAACGAUCAUUUCACGUGCGCCGCGCCGAAUGCGGCCGUAAGCAAGGAUUGUAUACCAGCCACGUGGAAAUGUGACGGUCAAACCGAUUGUUCAGACGGCAGCGACGAGCUGGGAUGUCCCACGUGCUCCCGCGAGGAAUUCAGAUGUCAGAAUCACUGUAUCGAAUUGUCUUGGGUAUGCGACGGGACACAGCAGUGUCCGGAUGGCUCGGACGAGGCACAAUGCUGCCAGGUCGGGCAGUUUCAGUGCGUCGGAAAUGGUGUCUGCAUCUCCGGGGCAUCGUUAUGUGACGGCUGGGACGAUUGCGCGGACGGCAGUGACGAGCUACCGCCAGCUUGCCUCAGUCCGCACAAUCCGCACCGCCAGAACGCUGGACCUGGAAUCAACGAAUCCGGCAAGCUGACCUAUAUCGUCAUCAUUUUGGUAGUGGUAUUCGUGCUCGUAACAGGUGUUCUGAGCUACUACUACUGUCGUAAAAGGUUUACUGGAAACGAGGGUUUGCCUGAUAUACUUCACGAUUCGGCAGGAGAUCCGUUGUCGCCGAAACCCGGCAACACUCGAAUGGUCAAGCCGAUGUUUGUCUCGCAAAAGAGUAACCGAAAGGAUGGAGGAGGCGGAGGCCUUAAGAUCGGGAUGGAAGCCGUGAGAAUGUCCAUGUUGAAUGGAAGCAGUCUUGGCUCUAGUUAUGAUCGCAGUCACAUUACAGGUGCGUCGAGUUCUACCAGAGGAAGCUCUGCCGGUGGAUAUCCUCAGGAGACUCUAAACCCGCCGCCGAGUCCGGCGACGAUCGUCAGCUCGACGCGUUGCUCGAGCAGCAACGCGUCCCGCUACAAGCCGUAUCGGCACUACAGGAGUAUCAAUCAACCGCCACCACCGACUCCGUGCAGCACCGACGUCUGCGACGAGUCGGACUGCAAUUAUCCGGCGCGCUACCGUUACGAGAGCGAGCCGUUUCCGCCGCCGCCCACUCCACGUUCCGUUUACCAUAGCGACGCGGCGAUCAGCUGCCCACCGUCCCCGAGUUCCAGAUCGUCCACGUAUUUUAGCCCUCUACCGCCACCGCCGUCGCCGGUGCCUUGAGAAGAGUUCGGAAGACGUGGAGACGUGUAUAACGCUCUGGUACUUCUACUUUUGCAUUUAUCUUAUUUCAGUAUUCCUCUUUACUCCGCCACUCUGUCGUCUCUCGUCAAUACUUAAAUCUUACGUUUACAUAAUUACGGCCGAUCGCAAAUCGACCAGUUGCGCAUAGAAAAAGUAAUUUGCUUUCAAGGCAAAUAAUAAUUGAGAAUUCAAUUGUAGCUUUGUUAAACAAUGACAAAAAUAUAUUAGCCUUCAAAGCAAUCUUUGCAAAAUAACGAAUUUAAAAUGGAUACGCUAGCGAUAUUAUACUGGUGCAUAUUAAAGAUCUUUAUACGUUGGUUUAUUAGAUGCAUGUAUAAUAAGCGAUUGAAUCCAGAUGUCCGACAUAUUUUAUCGUAUUGUUUAGCGGAAUGCAUUCGAGCAUAUUUUAUUCACAAAGCGCUUAUUUAUGUUUUACAUUUAUAUAUAUAUAUAUUUUUUAAUACAUUAGUAAAUAGA